AUGGAGCUCCAGACCCCAACCAUUAUUGACAGCCUGAAGUUGGCUUCUCGCCUUGAACAAAGACCUCACGCCGCAAUAAUUAGCUCGCUUCACUUCCCCAAGCGCCCUUCUGAUUCCACCUUUACUCUAUCAAAGACGUACACGCUCUUUUUGAGCAACUUGACGGCAAAGAUGAGUGGCUCGAAGGAGAUUAAACGCCUGCCAAUAGGUCCGGGAAUUCACCAAUCCAUCCUGCUCGAUGAGUCUCUGCCAGAGGCGGGCCCCAUGAGCCAGUGGAGUUCCAGAGUUGUUUGCGACGGAGGCUCCUCAGAUCCUCUGAAUGUGCCCUCGCACUGGCACAAGUAUCACGAUGAAUACAUGCGUGUCAUCGAGGGUCGACUAGAGGUAACCCUUGAGGGGAAGACAUUCGUAGUCACCCCCAGCGACGGCCAGGUGAAAAUCCCCAAGGGUCAAGCCCAUAGCCUCAAGAGCUUCAAGGGCGAGAGAAUGGUGUUUGAGGAGCGCACCGCUCCACCGGGGGAUUACAAAGCAAAGUUCUUCAAUGAUCUUCUGUCCCAGCCUCUUGACGAGAAUUUCAACGGACUACAUUUUCGAUUCUUCGAUGUUGCAUUCAUCACACUGGUUGGGGGUAUUGCGAAACUCGUCCUGCCCGAGAACAAGCUGAAGCUUCAGUAG